UAAUACAUGUUGUGAGCCAAAGAGCAACCAUUCAACGCGGACUUUGUCGUUUGUGAAGGACAGAGCAAUGACAUCUGAACACAGUCCGUGGGUCGACAAUCUGCCAAAGGUAAUAAAUGCCACAACCCCCCUGACAUCUGAAGAUGAAGAAAAUGGUAACCAAAUCAACCAUGUGCCUCGAACGAAGAAGGCCCUAUACGGCAUUGGUGAUACACCAGGGACGUGCCUGUUGCCUUUGUUUGCCCUUCAGCAACUGAUGACGUGUAUUGGUGGAGUAAUAUCAAUCCCUCUGCUUACCUGCACAGUCAUUUGUGCAGAUGAACUACCAGAGGUAAAGGCUCGGGUUCUCAGUAUAUCGUUCUUUGUGUGCGGAAUCGGGACGAUUCUCCAGAACAUCCUCGGCGUCAGGUUACCAAUAAUCCAAGGAGCGUCUCCAAAUUUUCUGACAGCAAUUAUCUCCAUGAUGGCGGCUGACAGGUGGAAGUGUUCAACUGAAAUUCCUGUAUCUCACACAGUCAAUGGGACAACUGAUCUGCCAUGGGUAGUGCGAGUGAGACAGAUCCAAGGUAACCUAAUGCUGGCAUCUCUGACACAGAUUGUGUUGGGGGCAACUGGUGUUGUGGGCUUGUUGCUGAGAUUCAUUGGGCCUCUGACCAUCGCCCCAACUAUUGCACUAGUUGGUGUGUCCCUCGCGCCGCUAGCUGGCUCGCUGUGCCAGGACCAAUGGGGUGUCAGUAUUGGAACAAUGCUCCUGGUGGUGUGCUUCGCGUUGUUCCCUGGGAAAUACCAAAUUGCAGUUCCAGCGUAUACAAAACAGGAACGGUGCCACAUCAAUCGUUAUCCCCUGUUUCAGCUUAUACCUGUCUUGCUAUCAAUUGCCAUCAUGUGGAUCCUAUGUUGUGUGCUGACACAGACAGGCGUGUUUCCUAGCAACAGCACAAACCCUGGUUUCCAGGCCAGGACAGAUUCAAGACUCCACGUCGUGAAUGAUACCUCGUGGUUUAACUUCCCAUACCCAGGGCACUUAGGUUGGCCCACUAUCAGUGCUGGCGGAUAUGUGGGGAUGUUGGCAGCUACCAUCGCCUCCAUCAUAGAGUCUGUCGGAGACUACUUUGCUGCUGCCCGUGCCUGCGCCGUCCCUCCUCCCCCAUCGCAUGCUGUAAAUAGGGGGAUUAUGAUGGAGGGCCUUGGAUGCCUGAUAGCCGGCAGUGUUGGUGCUGUGCAUGGGAUAACAUCUUACAGCGAAAACGUUGCAGCUUUAGUUGUAACCAAGGUUGCAAGCAGAUCUGUCUUUAUCACGGCAGGUGUCAUGCUGACUGUGUGUGGCAUGCUGGGUAAAUUCGGUGCUGUGAUCAGCCUCAUUCCUACUCCAGUGAUUGGUGGCGUGGCCCUAGUGACAUUCGGAAUGGUGGUCGCUGUCGGUCUGUCUACUCUGCAGUUUGUGGAUCUGUCUUCAUCGCGCAACCUCAUGGUGCUUGGUCUGGCGUUGAUGUUGGGCAUAAUACUGCCACAGUGGGCGAAAAACAACCCCAGAGCUAUUGACACAGGUCACGAUGAGUUGACCCACAUCUUGAACGUCCUUCUUGGAUCCCCCAUGCUGGUGGGCGGCAUGGUUGGGUGCAUCCUCGACAACAUAGCUCCAGGAACUACAGAAGAGAGAGGGAUGUUGAAGUGGAGGGAGGAAGGAGUUAGUUGUCAAAAGGAUCAGUCUGUUUCACCUGGCGUCACCUCACUGUAUGAUCUGGCGUUUAUUGCAAGGUACCUCCCGAAGGGUCUGAGGUGCAGUUGGCUCCCUGUGUCCCCGGCCUACAACGGAGGAUUAUGCUGCCGAUUUCGAAGAAGACAUCAACAACUCUGAGCACAGGUGGGCAUAUGUCUGUCAACAGUUCCAUUGCCUUGUCCAGCUCUCAUCAUCACCAGUGUUGUCCAUAGGAGAUGACAAGGCUCUAUAAUUAAAUAAUGUAUUUUAGUAUUUAGAUGCAUGAAAUAUAGCUAUAUAUUAUCUUUAAGCAGCUGCCAGAAUGGAAUUGUCCAUGAAACAUUAUGCAGAGAACACAAAAAGCUGGCUUCAGUUUAAUCCCACUAAAAGUAUAUACUAUGGGCAGUCAUAUAUAUACAUUCAUUAUUGUUCCCUUUUGCUAUAUAUAUACUUUC